ACAUUCACACGCCACUGUGCCUCUAUUGAAGAGGAACAUUCAUGCCAACUGGAAUCGAACAAUAUUUUCUUUGUUUUUUACACUAUCCUUGUUGUAUAUUCAUUUCACUCAAUAGAACAGGGUUGUGUAACACCUUUUGCACGUUAUUUGUUGUUUAUGUGGAACAAAGUUUGGCUCAUUGUACACACGCCUGUAAAUUUUUAUAUAUUUUCUCAAUUUUGUUUCAUGCCUCACAUUUUUACCAUUUAUUAAAUUGUUUUAAUUAUUUUUUUCAUUAUUCCAGGAACAUCUGUGUCCCAGUGAUAUUACUUUAAUGUCAGUGUUAUUUCAGCUUCAUGCUUUUUAAUCUUUUCUCGUUUGUUUUAUUUAAUUGGUAUAGUAGUUUAGAGUUCCAUCUCUAAAGAGUACCCAGUUAUGAUGUUGAAUUGUGAUUUUUUUCUCGCACGCAACAAAUCUAAAGCACAACACAACAUUUUUUCAGUGCCAUAAUGACUUGAGUGUUCAACGCACGUUGUGUCUUCUAUAAGAAAGUACUUCCACCAUCUUCAUUGUUUGUGUAGUAAAUAGUAGUAACUUUCUCUUAGUACAGAUAAAAUGAGACAUCUAUGGGACAGAAUAGUCUUUGUUCAUUUAAUGUUUAACUGACUAUGUUUAAAAGGGAAUUUGAGAUGGUCACAAUUUAAACACUCUCUGACCAAUAACUACUUUAACAAAGGCAGCGUGUUGCUAAAGGACAAGGCAAUUUUAUUUGUAUAGCACAUUUCAACAACAAGGCAAUUCAAAGUGCUUCACAUAAAACAUUAAAAACAUCCAAACAUAACAUAAAGGAUAUUUAAAAUAAUCAGUUAAGUACAUUGAUACAUUGAAACAUACGAAAAACACAAAAUAGUCACUAAAAUGAUAAAGACUUAAUAAUGUUUUUAAGAAUUCUGACUUGCAGAAAUGGUCAAUGGAAGGCAGCAACAAACAGAAAAGUCUUUCAUUUGGAUUUAAAGAAGCUGAGGAACCCAGCAGACCAGCAGCUUCUUCCAGCAGAAAAACUGAACGCUGCUUCUCCAUGUUUAGUUCUGACUCUGGGAACAGAAAACAGACCUGUCCCAGACGACCUGAGGGUUCCUGGCGGUUCAUAAAGUAUCGGCAGAUCAGAAAUGUACUUUAUAAACUAGCAGCAGGAUUUUGAAGUCACUUCUUUGUUUGACAGGAAGCCAGUGUAACCUAAGAACUGGAGUGAUGUGAUCCACUUUCCUGGUCCUGUGAGGACUCGAGCUGCAGUGUUCUGGAUCGGCUGUAGAUUUCUAAUUGACUUUUUACAGAGACAUGUAAAAACACUGUUACAGUGGUCAAGUCUACUGAAGAUAAAUGCCUGGACAAGUUUUUCCAAAGCAUACUGUUCAUUAUAAAGUGAGCAUAAUAAAAAAUAUAGUUAAACUGAGUCAUUUAUAUAGUGAAAUGUCUAUCCUGAUGAGCUGGAAGCCUUUCACAAACCUUUAUAUCACCUGUGAUGUGUUUUUACAAGAAAUAGACAAAGCUCCUGACUAGAAUACAUGUUACUCUUUCAUGCUGCAUGUUAACACAGAGGGAAGAGUUCUCAGAAAAGCACGCUGACACCUUUGUGCAGAGGAAGCAGCAAAACCAAGAGUUCAUCGUAGCAGAAAUGAGCUGUGCAACAGGAUUUGACUGAAAAAAGUUAGCUCUGCAAGUUGACAGGAUGACACGUAAGUUUGAUGCUUGGCAAAGCAGCAAACAUACUCGGGAGCAGUGACUGUGGCAGACAAUGUGGUGAGCACAAGAACAUUUACACUUUUACACAUUUAGCUGCUUUUUACCAGACUUCCUUCACCUCUCUCACCUCCAUUAACACUGUGUGUAGUAGAUGAUUAUGUGUGCAGGGGUCUGUGUGUGUGCGUUGGUAAACAGACAGGAAGUGAGGGUCGGCAGGGUUGUCAAAGCAAGUGGUUCCGUUUGUGUCGAUGAGGAGAUGUGGUUGAGAGAUGACAUGAAUGUGAUUAUGGUCUGCGAAAGAGAAGUGUGUGGUAUUCACAGACAAAUCUAAACAUUAGAUGCUUUAUCAAAAUGUUGCUUGUACCUCUGACAGGAAUUCAGAAGGAGGACGCCAAGUCAAUAAUGUUUAUGUUGUUUAAAAUCCAAAACAAUCUCUAUGACUUCAGUUUUCGUUUUGAAUAUCAGGGUUUCAACCUAAAAGGGCAGGAAAGUCCAGGUACAUCUCUGAAAUUCCUUACAUUCUUUUUUUUACUGUUUCGCAAGAACAAUAUCUAUAGUGAGGCACAUACACAGUUUAGUCAUCAUGAAGGAAACAUGUUACUUUUGUUUCUUGAAAAUCUGUGAGUUGAGGCAAAACUUCAUAGGAAACAAAGUGAAGUAAAUGGAAUCAGGAGUAAAUCAAUCUCAUUGUGGAAAUUCAUCAUGAACAAAUCAGAGAACGAGUCCUAUCUGGAUUAUGAUUACAAUGACACCUGCGAUGAGGUUCAAGGUCCAGAAUUGUCUGACGGAUCCACGGCCUUUCUGGUUCUUUACUACCUGCUGUUUUUCUUCAGUCUGCUGGGCAACAUCACGGUACUCUGGGUUCUGCUCCGGUACAUAAAGCUGAGGACUAUGACGGACGUAUGCCUCCUCAACUUGGCCGUGUCUGACCUCAUGCAGGCCACGACCCUGCCCCUCUGGACCUGCAAUGACACAAACCUUGCGUCAUGCAAAUUGAUGACUGGAGGCUACCAGUUGGGUUUCUACAGUGGGACUUUGUUUGUGACCCUAAUGAGUGUGGACCGCUACCUGGCCAUCGUCCACGCUGUUGCAGCCAUGCGAGCCCGGACACUUCGCUAUGGAAUCAUAGCCAGCACCGCAAUCUGGGUAAUUUCUGUCACUAUGGCACUACCUGGGGUGACAUUUGCUUCUUUAGAAAUAGACGUAAAUGACAACAGCUCCCAGUGCCAGCCCCUGUACCCUGACGACAGCCACCGCUUUUGGAAGUUACUGCGGAACUUCAGCGAGAACACAGUGGGCCUAUUUCUUUGCCUCCCAAUAAUGAUUUUCUGCUACGUGAAAAUCCUCAUCGUGCUGUCCAAGUCCAGGAACGCCAAAAAGGACAAAGCUGUGAAGCUGAUAUUCACCGUAGUGGGUGUGUUUGUGGUGUGCUGGGUCCCCUACAAUGUCACAGUUUUCCUACAGACUCUGCAGCUGUUCCUAGAGAACCUGGACACCUGUGAGGCUUCAAAAAGCAUCAACUCUGCCAUGCACUUUGCUGAGAUUAUUGCACUGUCUCACUGCUGUGUAAACCCAGUCAUAUAUGCAUUUAUUGGGGAGAAGUUUAGGAAAUCACUGGGAAAUGUGCUGACGAGGUACUGCUGGAGUCACCAGAGCAGAAGGGCUUUCAGCCACAGAGAGACCACAGAGAAAGAGACUUCCAACACACCUGUAAAGUCAGAUUAUCAAGAGUGAUGAACUCACACUUCUAGAAAGACGUCGCAUUCGAUGUCAGAGCUGUAAAAUAGCACUCAGAAGAUUCCUGGUAAGAACAAGGGGAUCUUUUAAGAAUAUGUGUAAACCAAAACUGAGUUUUUUUUAAAUAAAGAAAAUUAAAAAUGG